GAAAUAAAAUUUUUGACAACAAAAUACCUCGAAACAUUAGAAAAGCCGCCAAGUAGAUCCGAAAUAACUAUAGGUAAUUAAAUUUACAAAUUGAAAAUAUUUUAUUGCUAAAAUGAGUCGCAAGGAAGCUCUGUCAUCGUUUAUCCAACAAAUUCACGGGCGACCAGUUGUAGUGAAAUUAAAUAGCGGUGUGGAUUAUCGAGGAGUUCUUGCUUGUUUGGACGGCUAUAUGAACAUAGCUUUAGAACAGACUGAAGAAUAUGUAAAUGGACAACUCAAAAAUAAAUACGGAGAUGCAUUUAUAAGAGGCAACAAUGUUUUAUAUAUAAGUACACAGAAACGCAGAAUAUAAAACCAUCUGUGGAAUGCCGUACUCUGUGAUUUAAAAGACUAAAUAUUCUCAAUAAAUCAUAUUAAAUGUC